AAAGAUAAGAGAAGAGAAGAGAAAGCCUGGCCGCUGCUGCUGCUGCUGCUUUGUGGACAGCUUUAAUGGCGAUCGCAACGCAAUCCAAUCACCAACGAUAACCAGUAAAUACCACUCUGAUCGCUUGCGUUUUACAGUGCUACAGAGUUUCAGGACAUGGGUCACCACCACCACCUUCACAACGCCAGCGAUGGCGUCUCGCAGCGAGUCAACAGCCCGAGAUUCUCGGGUGCAAUGACUCGCCGAGCUCACUCGUUCAAGCGCAACCCCAACGCCAGCGCUGCUGCCGCCAACAAUGGAAGUUCUCACAGCAGCAACAUCGGAAGCAGCAGUAACACCAACGGCGGCAAUGUCGGGUUCGUCGGCGAGUACGAGAUUGAUCUGCAGCUGAACUCGCCCAGAUCUGAAAUCGGUGGGAACCCGGUUCCGGCUGAUGGGUUUGACUCGUUUUUGGAAAGGAAGCAGACCCACAACCAUGUGAGCCAGAGAGUUACGGUGAGGGGGUUCCUGAGGAGGCCAAUUGGAUCUGUGGUGGUGGACUUGGGGUUGAGGGAGAAGAGGAAGCUUGGCCAUUGGAUGUUCUUUGCCUUUUGUGGGGUUUGUUUGUUUCUCGGGAUUCUGAAGAUUUGUGCUACUGGUUGGUUUGGAUCUGCUAUUGAAACUGCUAGGUCCAACCAGGAUGGUUCCGACUCCAUGAAUCUUUUAAAACGGAUGGAUCAAAGCUCUCAUGAAUAUGGAUAUAGGGAUGGAGGAGGUCAUGUUGAACAAACAAUAAUGAUGGCGUCUCGUGUGAACCGUGUGGUUGUUGAAGAGAAAAGCGCUGAAUACACAGGUAUCUGGUCCCGACCAAACAGUGAGAAUUUCAGUCAGUGCAUUGAGUUGCCAAAAACUCAUAAACAGCUGGACGCAAAGACCAACGGUUACAUUCUUAUAAAUGCUAAUGGCGGCUUGAAUCAGAUGAGAUUUGGGAUCUGUGAUAUGGUUGCUGUUGCUAAGAUUAUGAAGGCAACGCUUGUCCUACCUUCACUUGAUCACACUAACUACUGGGCUGAUGAGAGUGGUUUUAAAGAUCUGUUCAAUUGGCAACACUUCAUUGAGACUCUAAAGGAUGAUAUCCACAUAGUAGAGACAUUACCCCCUGCCUAUGCUGGAAUCGAGCCUUUCAACAAAACACUGAUAUCUUGGUCUAAGGCUAGUUAUUAUAAGUCAGAGGUUCUCCCACUGUUGAAGCAGCACAAAGUAAUCUAUUUCACUCAUACGGAUUCUCGAAUUGCCAACAAUGACCUCUCAAUUUCCAUUCAAAGGCUGAGGUGCCGUGUGAAUUACAGGGCAUUGAAGUAUUCAGCUCCAAUAGAAGAACUUGGAAGAACCUUGAUUUCUAGAAUGCGGAAAAAUGGAGGCCCUUAUCUUGCUCUUCAUUUGAGGUAUGAGAAGGAUAUGCUUGCAUUUACGGGCUGCAGUCAUAGUUUGACAGCAGAGGAGGAUGAAGAACUACGUAGAAUGCGAUACGAAGUCAACCACUGGAAGGAGAAAGAAAUUAAUGGGACAGAGAGAAGGUUGCUUGGGGGCUGCCCAUUGACCCCAAGGGAGACUUCGCUUUUGCUCAGAGGGCUCGGAUUUCCAUCCAGUACCAGGAUUUACUUGGUAGCUGGUGAAGCUUAUGGGAAUGGAAGUAUGCAACAUCUUGAGGAUGAAUUCCCGAACAUAUUUUCCCAUUCCAAUCUUGCUAAAGAGGAAGAGCUGAAUCCAUUCAGGAAUCAUCAGAACAUGUUGGCUGGUAUAGACUAUGUUGUUGCCUUACAGAGUGAUGUUUUUCUUUAUACAUAUGACGGAAACAUGGCAAAAGCAGUGCAAGGUCAUAGGCGCUUUGAGAACUUUAAGAAGACCAUUAAUCCAGACAGGAUGAAUUUUGUAAAACUUGUCGAUGACUUUGACGAAGGAAAAAUCUCUUGGAACAAAUUCAGUUCCAAGGUGAAAAAGCUUCACAUCGACAGAGUUGGAGCUCCAUAUCCGAGAGAGGCUGGCGAGUUUCCAAAACUGGAGGAAAGCUUUUACGCAAAUCCAUAUCCAGGCUGUAUAUGUGAAGCAAGAAGGAAAAAGUAGAGUGCGGUAACAGGUUUUGCAUUAAAUCACGGUAUGAGAUCAGCAGCGUGCAAGACAUCAAGGCCUGUGCUGCCAUUAUUUCACGAAUCAGCAAGGGAGUGGCAACCUUAAAUUUCCAAUUGCAAAGAGGAAUCAGUAGGUUGGUUUGCAGCCUAAUUUGGGGUUCAACACA